AGAAAUUGUCACGAGUAUAUUAUUUUCCCUGUGCACCGAAUAUUCAGGAAGAAAAGUAAAUUAUUAUUUUAAGUCUAUACAUUUCAAGCAAAUUUCUCGAAUUAACAGAUAUUGAACGAUGGCAGCCCCAGGAAUGGCCAGUAGGCCAAUGUCAAAGCUGGAGUUGAGAAUAUCAUGCAGGAAGUUGGCAAAUAAAGAUGUAACAUCAAAGUCUGAUCCCUGUGCAGUGGUGUUUGUACAUCAGGGUGGUCAAUGGGUGGAGCUUGGAAGAACAGAAAAUGUAGAGAACAGUUUAGAUCCCGACUUUACAAAGGCUUUUCCUAUUGAUUACCUGUUUGAGGAGGUUCAGAAGGUGAAUAUUGCAGUAUAUGACAUUGAUAACAGCACAUCUAAACUUAGUGAUGAUGAUUUCCUAGGACAAUUAGAAUGUACCCUGGGACAGAUUGUUGCUGGUAGACCUUUCCAUAAACCUCUCCUCUCAAAGAGUGGAAAACCUGCAGGAGAGAGCACUAUCAUUAUUAGAUCAGAAGAGGUAAAGGAAGGUGGAGAGGUUGCCAUGUUUACAUUCAAAGCCAGAAAACUGGAAAAUAAGGACUUUUUGGGCAAGUCGGAUCCUUACCUACAGAUUUCCAAAGGGAAUUCAGAUGGUAGCUGGCAAGUGAUUCAUAGAACUGAGGUGGUAAAGAACAAUCUUAACCCUAGCUGGCGACCAUUUUCUCUACCUGUACAUACACUGUGUGCUGGCGAUAAAUCUAAACCUAUUCAGUUUGAAGUUUUAGACUGGGACAGUGAUGGGUCACAUGACCUUAUAGGAGGGUUCACAGUUUCUCUGCAAGAUUUACAGUCUUCUAUAGGGAAAGAGUUCCCAGUUAUCAAUGAACACAAGAAAGCCAAGAAGAAGAAGUAUGAGAAUUCUGGCUACGUUAUUCUAGAUGCUAUUACAGUAAAGCGAGUCCCCUCAUUUUUAGAGUAUAUUUAUGGUGGAAUGCAGAUCAACUUUACAGUUGGUAUAGAUUUUACAGGAUCUAACGGAGAUCCGUCAACACCUACUUCUCUACAUUACAUGGAUCCAUACAGACCUAACGAAUAUGUACAGGCUAUACAAGCUGUCGGAACUGUUUGUCAGGACUAUGAUACAGAUAAGAUGUUUCCAGCUCUUGGGUUUGGGGCCAAGCUGCCUACUGGAGAUGUUUCUCACGAGUUUGCCAUAAACUUUAACCCACAGAACCCAUUUUGUGCAGGUAUUCAAGGUAUUAUACAAGCAUAUCAGAAUUGUAUCCCACAAGUGAAGUUAUGGGGCCCCACAAAUGCUGCCCCUAUCAUUCACCACGUGGCAAGGUUUGCCGCUGCAGCACAACAAGAAGAAGCAACAAAAGGGGCUCAUGCCUACUUUGUCCUGUUACUGCUCACAGAUGGCGCUCUAACAGAUAUGGAUGAUACAAGAACUGCAAUUGUACAUGCCUCCGCUCUACCUAUGUCACUUAUUAUAGUUGGUGUUGGGCGAGCUGAUUUCUCAGACAUGCGGAUGUUAGACGGUGAUGAUGGAGUACUUAGAGCACCUAAUGGUCAACCUGUACACAGAGAUAUUGUCCAGUUUGUGCCAUUCCGAGAUUUUCAGAAAGGGGACUAUAAUGCUGCAUCAGCUGCAGAGUUAGCCAAGCACGUGUUAGCGGAGGUACCUCAGCAAGUGACACAUUACUACAACUGGAGGGGGAUGCAGCCUAACCAGCAACCUCCUCGUACAUCGUAAAUCCCCAUACAACAGAAUGAACUCUUAGAAUACCAGAGGAUACUCUGAACUGUCAAAUCUUUUACAAUAGGCGGAGCUUUACUUUCAAAUUCUGUAGUGCAUGUCAGUACUUUCUAACAAAACAAGAUAAGGUGUGUUUCAUCUUGUAUAAACAAAGUCUUCCUUUUAUGAACUUUGAAUAUGUAUUUAUACAAGUACAAAGAUAUAGAAAUGUUAUACUGUUCUUUUAAUUAUUUUGUGAACUAACAGUUUGGGUCUUGUUGAUAAAUGUAUAAAUAUAUUCAACUUUUUUUGCUCAAACUUACAUUGGACAAAGGUUAGAUGUAGAAAUUCAAGUAAAUAUCCCCAUACUUUAUUACUAUUAUGUUAUAUUGCUGUGAAGAAUUGUUAAUAUUUUCUUAAUAACUCGAGACUCAUGAAUUUAUAAGGUAUUGUUGAACACUGAAUGAUCACCAUUACAUGUAUGUAGAAUAUGUUAUACAUGUAGGUAUCUAUUUUGAGAUAGGUUUGGUUAAUUAAAAAGUUAGUAGUAAUAUUGUAGCUUGUAAGUGGAAAAUGUAAAAUCAUUUUGUAAAAAUGAUUACAUGUAAUGAUCAGAGCAAAGAAAUUUUUAUUUAUUCUUGUGCCAUAGAAUAUGUACUGCAAACAGUUAACUUACUUGUGAAUCUCUUUUUCAGAUUUGUUUUCUAAAGAAGCACUUGUAAUGUGCAUAAUACUUAUAAUAUUGGUAUAUUUUUAUAAAGGUAUAAAUUCGUUGUUAAAAUAUUUUUAUUACAUUUUGAAGAAAUUUGUAAGAAGAAUGGGCAAAUCUCUGUUAGAUAUAUGGGAUAAAUUUGGUAUAAAACUAGCUGUAUAAAAUAUAUACAUGUAUACAUAGAGUUGUUUAGUUGAUUUCUCUAAUUUUCAUGACCCCAUUUUGUAAAUUACAUAUAAAAAUGAGUCUUGUCAUAGGCUAGUUUGUAGUCAGUUUAUUUAUUCAUACUUUAUACGGUGGUUUACACUAGAUAUAUACGGUGGUUUACACUAAAUAUAUACGGUGGUUUACACUAAAUAUAUAUGGUGGUUUACACUAAAUUUAUACGGUGGUUUAUCAAAAUAUGAUAAGGGUAAUGUGCACACCAGAAGAAGCUCUUGACUGAAGUUUUGUGUAAAUCGUAAUAAAGGUGGUUUUUGUUCUCAACACAGAGAUUGUCUUACAGUAAAACACACACUAAGAUCUAAGCAUCUUGUUUGGUUUUAAAAUAUUAGGUUAUAAACAUUUAGGAAGGUUAAUAAAUUUGUGUUACCUAGAUCUUGGGUUGAUAGAGCACAUAAUUUAAUUGAUAAUAACUACACAAGUAAAAUUUGCAAUACAGAUAAGAACAUGUGAAGAUAGAAUUGGUUAAGUAAAUACAUGAUUUAUCAGGUAAUAAUUGAUCUUUUGAAUCUGGUAAGUAUGAACCAUAUCAAUGUAAUAAAACUAUACAAAUGUGCACAAAAUGUCAUCAUGAACAUUUUAUCAUAGUAAAAUCGUCAACAAAUAUAUUUAUCAUUAUGUGCAAUAGAUAUUUUUUACUCUUUAAAUCUGCAUUUUGUUUUCAAUUUUCUAAAAUUUGCUUCUUUCUCAAAAUGGAAGUAUGGCUUUGGCAAAAUGGAUCUGUUCUUCAAUCUUUUUUUUACAUUGAUUUGACACUAGUAUUAGAUAUUAAAUAUCCAGCAUGGCAUUCAAUAACAAGUUGUGUGCACAUUUUCCAGUUUAAACUGGACUAUAAUUAGAUAAAUAUAGUGUAUAUAGUGAGAGCUAUCAUUCUCAUCUGGGUGAUGGUGUAUGCAUCCAUGUCAACAUUGCUCCUUGGUUAAGAUUUUAGUAAAAUUUCACUCAAGGAAUUGACUGAAAUAUUCCCUUAAAAUUUAUAAUACUUGUUAGGAAAUUUGGUAAAGGUUCUCAUACCAUUCCGCUUUUUCUCUCAUUGAACCCUUAAGAAAAAUUGCUUUGAAACAUGGAAUGUCAUGACCAUUAAACCCAUGUCUAAUCAAUAAUUUAUUAAUUUAUACAUAGUUAUGCUCCAUUUAUGACUUUUCACAGACAUGUUAUAUUCAUUUCACAACAUUUAUUUUUGAGCCGACAUUCUCUAUAUUGUGUUCAGAUCUACAUGUAUUUUUAUCUAAGUCAUUUACCUAUGUAGUUAUAUAAAUAACUUUCCUUACACAAAUUAUUGCAUGUUAUAUUACAACUUUAUAUUAUAUUAUAUUCUACAUGUAUUAUAUACUACUUAGGUUCAAGACAGUCACAAAUUACAAGUCAGAAAGAAUUAAGACGUGUGCAUUUAAUACCUAUUAAAAGUAACAUUUUUACAUUAUUGUAAAAGUAUUAGAUUUGGGAUAAUUAUGAAUACUAAAGUAUGUAUAACUUAUUUAAGUGACAUAUGCAAACAUAUACUAUCAAGACAAUAUAUAUAAUUACAUCAAGGAAUGCACCCGGCCAAAUGGAUCUGUAAGUCACAUGUUUCACAACAAAACAUAUCACAUGAAAACAUUGGUUAAGCGAUUCAAUGGUGAAAAUAAUACUUUGGAUUUUUACAUAAUUAAGCUAUAGUUAAUUUUAUAUUAAAUUUAAAGGAAAAAGUGAUCUUCCGUCCAUGGUAAUACUCGGGUCAUAUUAUUUGUAUGAACUUUUAUUAUAUAUCACAUCAAAUGUAGGUAUAGUAGUUAUAUAGUGGGAUAAUACAAUAUCUAAUAGAAAUAGUGGGAAUUUUUCUAGCCCCCUUACUUAUCAAAUAUUCAGACAUUUAUGGUUUAUGCAGUCUUUGAUGGGGGUUCAAGAAAAGAAGUGAUAAUUUGUUUUAAGUUAUUUUGUUUUCAUCUUGGUGCUGUCUCAAUAUAAACAUUUCUUUCUUUUUCUGUAUAUGUAAACACUUAUGUUUAACUCCCUUUUGCUUAAGUGACAGCAUGUUCCACAAGAAAUCAUGAAUAAAUUAUAUAUCACAAUAGUUUUUCUAUGAAACCAAAUUUUUAUAGUCCAUUAGAAAGUAAGAUAUGAAUAAAUUAAAAUUUAAAUCAGACAAAUUUUAAAAAAGUUUUAACAAACUUAACUUUAUAUUUCAAACCAUAUCAGACAUUUUGUGAUCAAAUUUAUGCAUUAUUUGUUGAAGUUUUCAAUUUGUUAUGCAGUUUUUGUUUUUAUAUAUAUAUAUAUACAUGUAUUUAUCAUACAUUUAUUGUAGCAAUAUAUGUUAGAAAUCUAAGGUCUUUG